CGCAGAUCUCAGACACAGGACUUCUCUCCUGCCCACGGUGACUCUGGCAUCAGCUGGUGAAGCAGUGGGUGAUGGCGUCCCUGCUGCAAGGCCGGCUGCCUGUUAAUCAAGACCUGAUGCUGAUGCAGAAAGGCACGCUGAUGCGCAAGGUGAGGUCCAAAAGCUGGAAGAAGCUAAGAUACUUCAGACUUCAGGACGAUGGCAUGACAGUCUGGCAUGCCCGGCAGGCCGGAGGCAGGGCCAAGCCCAGCUUCUCAAUAUCCGACGUGGACACAGUGCGUGAGGGCCACGAGUCUGAGUUGCUGCGAAACCUGGCAGAGGAGUUCCCCCUGGAGCAGGGCUUCACCAUCGUCUUCCAUGGCCGCCGCUCCAACUUGGACCUGGUGGCCAACAGUGUCGAGGAGGCCCAGAUCUGGAUGCAGGGGCUCCAGCUGUUGGUGGACUUUGUCACCAGCAUGGACCAACAGGAGCGGCUGGACCAACCUGGAUGGCUGAGUGAUUGGUUCCAGCACGGAGACAAAAACCAGGAUGGUCGGAUGACUUUCGGAGAAGUCCAGCGGUUACUGCACCUGAUGAAUGUGGAAAUGGACCAAGACCAUGCCUUCCAGCUUUUCCAGAGAGCAGAUGCAUCCCAGUCUGGGACUCUGGAGGGAGAAGAAUUUGUAGAGUUUUAUAAGUCAUUGACUCAGCGUCCUGAGGUGCAGGAACUGUUUGAAAAGUUUUCAUCUGAUGGGCAGAAGCUGACCCUGUUGGAAUUUGUGGAUUUUCUCCAAGAGGAGCAGAAAGAAGGAGAACGGGCUUCUGACCUUGCUCUAGAACUCAUCGACUGCUAUGAGCCUUCAGAUAGCGGCAAACUGCGGCAUGUGCUGAGCAUGGAUGGCUUCCUCAGCUACCUCUACUCGAAGGACGGAGACAUCUUCAAUCCGACCUGCCUCCCCAUCUACCAGGAUAUGACUCAGCCCCUGAACCAGUACUACAUCAGCAGCUCCCACAACACCUACCUAGUGGGAGACCAGCUUUGUGGCCAGAGCAGCGUGGAGGGAUACAUACGGGCCCUGAAGCGGGGAUGCCGCUGCGUGGAGGUGGAUAUAUGGGAUGGACCUAGCGGGGAACCUAUUGUUUACCACGGACACACACUGACCUCUCGCAUCCCGUUCAAAGAUGUUGUGGCCGCCAUUGGACAGUAUGCCUUCCAGACAUCAGACUAUCCAGUCAUCUUGUCCCUGGAGAACCACUGCAGCUGGGAACAGCAGGAGAUCAUAGCACGCCAUCUGACAGAGAUCCUGGGGAAUCAGCUACUGAGCACCACCUUGGAUGGGCAUCUUCCCACUCAGCUGCCCUCCCCUGAGGAGCUUCGGAGGAAGAUCCUUGUGAAGGGAAAGAAGUUAAAAACACUUGAGGAGGAUCUUGAGGAAGAGGAGGAGGAGCCAGAGUCUGAACUGGAGGAGGCUGAGCUGCAGCUGGAGGCCCAGAUGGAGUCUGAGCCCCAGGAGUUGAGCCCUCGCAGUAAGGACAAAAAGAAGAAAUCCAAGCCCAUCUUAUGUCCAUCCCUCUCUGCCCUGGUUGUCUACUUGAAGGCUGUCACAUUCUACAGCUUCACUCAUUCAAGGGAGCACUACCGCUUCUAUGAAACAUCAUCUUUCUCUGAAGCCAAGGCCAAGAGCCUCAUCAAGGAGGCUGGCAAUGAGUUUGUGCUGCACAAUACCUGGCAGUUAAGCCGUGUAUAUCCCAGUGGCCUGAGGACAGAUUCAUCCAACUACAACCCCCAGGAGUUCUGGAAUGCAGGCUGCCAGAUGGUGGCUCUGAAUAUGCAGACUGCGGGGCUUGAGAUGGACCUGUGUGAUGGGCUCUUCCGCCAGAACGCUGGCUCCGGCUACGUGCUGAAGCCAGACUUCCUGCGUGACGCCCAGAGUUCCUUCCACCCUGAGAGGCCCAUCAGUCCGUUCAAAGCCCAGACCCUCCUAAUCCAGGUAAUCAGUGGGCAGCAACUCCCCAAAGUGGACAAGACCAAAGAGGAGUCCAUUGUGGAUCCACUGGUAAGAGUGGAGAUCUUUGGCGUCCGCCCAGACACAAGCCGGCAAGAGACCAGCUACGUGGAGAACAAUGGUUUUAAUCCAUACUGGGGGCAGACACUGUGCUUCCGGGUCCUGGUACCUGAACUGGCCCUGCUGCGUUUCGUGGUAAAAGACUAUGACUGGAAAUCCCGAAACGAUUUCAUUGGUCAGUACACCCUGCCUUGGAACUGCAUGCAACAAGGUUACCGCCACAUACACUUGCUCUCCAAGGAUGGCAUCAGCCUCCAUCCAGCCUCCAUCUUUGUGUACAUCUGCACCCGGGAAGGGCUAGAGGGGGUUCAAGCUUAAGGUGGGCACUUCACGGGAAGAGUGGGUGCAUCGCCUUUAGAUGGUAAGAAAAGCCUGGAAGGAUGCUCCAGAAAGCAAACAGAGGUGGUGAAAACCAAGCUUUUGACUGUGCAUUCCUAGGCACAAAAUUACUUCAUCCUUCCUGACAAGCAAAUCUAGGACCUGAUUUUUCACCUUCUUUCUUUUCCCUUUCUUCGUUUUCACCAGCCUUUGGAAUCAUUCCUGUCCUUACCCUCUGCAUACUCUACACUGGCAUUCCUUCCUUCCUUCCUCUUGCUAUAGGUUCAAUACCAUACCCAGAUCUAGGACUACACUUUCGCACCAACUCUGGCUCAAAGGCAGAUUGCAACUAGAAAUCCAGAGAAGGGCUUGAGGCAGACAAACCCUAAGAGGCACUAUCUCCUCCACCUCUAACUUCCUCAAAGUCCAGAGCCAAGGGAAGGACAAAUCAAGCCCCAAGUCUCCCCAGGCAAAGGCUGGGGAAGGAGAUCUGACCCCAACACUGUAUUACGACUCUCAAGAGACACUACACAGCCCUCAGGGUCUCCACUGGACUGCUGCUCCCUAGCCCCUCCAGUAUAAAUAGAGCUUCUCUCUCAA